AUGAGUGAAAAUCCUAGGCCAGAUAUCGAACCUUCUCCAGGAACUCUAGGAUCCAAUCAGGUAAAUGUUACUGAAAGCUCGAACCAACCUCAUAGAGGAUCUUGUCAGUUCCUGUGGAAAUUGAAGAAUGGGUUAACCAAAAAGCUUCCUAAACGCUCCAAGCAAACACGCAACCGCACCACUGCGGUCCACGACGUCGAAAAUGAAGGGACUUCAUCGAGUCAGCAAGUCGAGUCUUUUGGUUUUCUUAGAGGUGCUCAGGACACAUUGCAUCUCCAUCCUUCCAAUGACAACAAGCAUCCCACCACAUCUGAGAUUCCCAGUGACUCCGUGAACCAAGGGCUGUCCGGAGAGUCUGCUUCGCAGGUUCAGGCUGCUUCUUCUGGCAAGCCAGGAAGACCUGAUCCCCACUUAGUUGACGUCGAACUUCAGGGUGCCUGCGAUGGUACACAAAACAUGCGAUCACUUGGGAAACAUGCGACUUCUACGGCAUCUGCCGUCGACAAUGCCCCAGCGGAUCUUACUGCCGCAGAUGGUUUUGAGAAGACGUAUCUCCAACCCCUCAAGAUUAUCGAUGCUGUCCUUGAGAAGAUCUCAGACGUAUGGGCUAUUCCUGUUGAUUGGAACCGAACUAAUCAAGUUGUAUAG